AUGGAGAAAAUCAUCCACGACUUCUACUCUGAUCUCUUCGACAGCCAUGUCCACUUGCCUCCUCACCAUCUGAGGGAAGACGGACAAGUCAUUCAAGAGGUUCUCCCGUCCGAAAUACGACAUGCUAUCAUGUCGGUAAGAAAUCGUACGGCACCCGGUCCCGACAGAAUAAGACCACAACAUCUGAAGAGCCUUUCGCCAGUACUCAUCAACACCCUGGCGAGGCUCUUUACACGUUAUCUGUCGGAAUGCAAGGUUCCUAAACAGUGGAAGACCAGCAAGACCGUGUUGUUGUAUAAAAAGGGAGAUCCACAUGAUCUCGGCAACUAUCGUCCAAUCUGCCUACUGUCCGUCAUCUACAAGCUCUUUACAAGAGUGGUCCUUAAUAGGAUUGAAAAAGUCUUGGAUGAAGGACAGCCAUGCGAGCAAGCAGGGUUUCGAAACGGAAUCAGUACGAUUGACCACAUUCACACUGUUUCGAAACUCAUCGAGGUAUCACGAGAGCACAAGAUGCCGCUCUGUCUCACCUUCAUCGACUUGAAGAAGGCAUUUGACUCAGCUGAUAGGGAAGCGGUCGUGGAAGCCUUGGGCAACCAAGGCGUCCCUACUCAUUACAUAAAGGUACUUCGAGAGUUGUACAGUAACUUCACAACCGGAAUUUCGCCAUUCUACAAUAACAUCAUCAUGGACGUGAAGAGGGGGGUCCGACAGGGUGAUACAAUUUCACCCAAAAUAUUCACAGCCACCUUCGAGAACGCAAUGCGAAAGUUGGAAUGGGACGACAUGGGAGUGAAGGUUGAGGUUGAGGUUGGUCGGCAACUACACCAUUUGCGCUUUGCUGAUGACAUCGUACUAAUAACACCUAGCAUCAGCCAAGCGGAACGAAUAGUGAGCGAAUUCGUCGAAACAUGUGGAUGCAUCGGUCUUCAGCUGAUUCUAGAAAAGAAGAUGUUCAUGCGGAACGGAUGGAUCUCGGAUGCCCCAUUCACGCUCAACGGAACAAACAUAUCCGAAUGCACCAGCUACGUUUAUCUGGGUCGGGAAUUGAACAUGAUGAACGACCUGACCCCGAGCUGGACAGGAGGAGACGAGCGGCUUGGGGAGCAUACAAGAGCAUCGAGGAUGUAG